GUAAAUAGAGAAAAGCCCCAAGAUGGCGGAGUCGCUGAGCUUCAUUCACUUCGGCGCUGCGACCAAAAGCCCGCUCCCCAAGCCCAAGGAACCCAAACCGUCGUCCGAGAGCCGGCCGCAAUCCUCCCGGGACCACCAUCCUCCGCCGCCCAAGAAAGUUCGCAACGACGAGAAGAGCCUUAAACCCAAGAAAGUGAACGGGGAAGGCGGAGAAGGGGGAGGAGGCGGUGGCGGCGGCGCGGCGGACAAGCAGCAGCAGCAGAGUUAUGGCAGCCCGACAACAUGGAGCUUCACUCCCGUCAAGACGAGCAGCCCUGCGGCGCCUGUCCAGCAGCCUCCGCUGCACAAAGUGUUCAAGCAGAGCGCCUUCCUCGCCUCCCCGCCCAAGCCCAAAAAGCUCAAGGAGAAGCGAGAGAAGGAGAAGGAGAAAGAAAAGGAGAAGAGGAAGCAUAAGCUGCCUUCGGAGAACAGCGUUAGUAGCGCGGGGAUGAAGAAGGAGAACGGGGAGGUGAAGUUGUUGCAGAAAGAACACAUCAUCAAAGACAAACUGAAGGAGAGAGAGAGGGAGAAGGACAGAGAGCGGGAGAGAGAAAAAAAGAAGGAAAGAGAUAAAGACAAGGAUAAAGAUCAGGAAAAAGAGAAGGAUAAGGAGAAAGAGAAGAAGAAACACAAAUUGAUGAAUGAGAUCAAACGGGAGAAUGGAGAAGUCAAGUUGCUGCAGAAAGGUGACAUGGAGAAACCGAAGGUAAACUCAGAGGAGUUGUUGCUUAAAAAAGUGAAGAAGAAAAAGAAAAAGAAACACAAAGAAGGGGAGAAACGGAAGCGUCCGAAGAUGUACAGCAAGUCCAGCCAGACACUGUGUUCGGCCCUGCUGAGCCCGGACCUCCCGGGCCUGCUGUCCAAAUCCGAGGCAGAAUUCAAAUCCCCUCUUCCUGUCUCUAAUGCCCUCGCCCUCUCCUCCACAACUGUCGGUGCCAAGCAGGACAAGAACUGCUGCUCCAAGUCUGGUUCCGGAGCUGGGGAUACUGGCUCCACGAAGCACUCCAGGCUACCAGGGCUGGAUGGUCUGGAAUUUGGCCGCUUCGUCCACGUGGAGCAGCAGCCGAACGGUGGUGCGCUGGUGCUGCACGCGUACAGCCGGGAGCUCUCUGUCCUGUCUCCAGAGGAGAUGCAGAGGUUUGCGCAGGAGUUUGUAACGUUAGCGUUCUGCGAAGACGAGAACAACGCAGCGCACUACGUCAUGGGCAUCAUCCACGGAGCCGCUUCCUACCUCCCUGACUUCCUGGAAUAUUUCUCCUUAAAGUUCCCAAACUCGCCUGUCAAAAUGGAGAUCCUGGGGAAGAAGGACAUCGAGACAACUACUAUGGCAAACUUUCAUGCUCAGGUAAAGAGAACAUAUUCUCAUGGGACGUACCGCGCUGGGGCCAUGCGCCAGAUCAGUCUGGUGGGGGCCGUGGACGAGGAGGUGGGAGAUUACUUCCCAGAAUUCCUCAACAUGUUACAGCAGUCCCCCUUCCUGGAACGGACGUUGCCGUGGGGAACGUUUUCAAGUCUGAAGCUGAAGAGUCCUACAGAGAGUGAUGACGGGCCCAUCAUGUGGGUUCGUCCUGGAGAGCAGAUGAUUCCUGUCACUGACAUGCCAAAGUCUCCCUUCAAAAGGAAAAGGUCAACCAAUGAAAUUAAGAACCUGCAGUACCUACCUCGGACGAGUGAGCCGCGUGAGAUGCUGUUUGAGGACCGGACGCGUGCACACGCGGAUCACAUUGGACAGGGCUUUGAGAGACAGACCACUGCUGCUGUGGGAGUGCUGAAAGCUGUACGCUGUGGAGAGGGUGCGGAGCCUCCUCGCAUUACCAAAGACGUGGUCUGCUUCCACGCUGCAGAUUUCACUGAUGUUGUGCACCGAUUACAGUUGGACCUUCACGAGCCACCUCUGUCUCAGUGUGUGCAGUGGGUGGAUGACGCAAAGCUGAAUCAGCUGAGGCGAGAGGGGAUCCGCUAUGCUCGAAUCCAGCUCUAUGACAACGACAUUUACUACAUCCCCCGCAGCGUGGUCCAUCAGUUCAAGACGGUCUCAGCCGUCUGCAGCCUGGCGUGGCACGUCCGCUUGAGGCAGUACCACCAUAGUGUGGAAGAAGAGGCGCCAAAGGAAGAAGAGGAGGACAAGAAGCCCCCGUGUAUCAAACAAGAGCCUCUGUGUAUCAAACAGGAGCCACCCUGUGAGAGCCUGAGCGCCCCUACAGCUUCACCCGUCUCCACCGAUACCAAGCCACCCAGAGAUGUGCCCCACGUGCCCCAGAUUAAGGUAGAAGAGGUGGAGCCCCUCCCUGAGCGGAUGGCCAAAGCCCUCAGUAGUGCUCCCAGCAGCUCCAGUGCUACGCCGCCUCUGGCCCACACAGCCGUGUCAGAAUUUCGACCCAAAGCACACCAUCAUCAUUCAGAAUGUGGAACCACUCCUACACACGCGGUCAUGGCCAGGCCAGCACCCAGCCUGACCUCAACAGCGCCCAAACACACACACCAUUCUACACCAACCAAACACACGCACACCUCGAUGCCAACCAAACACACACACACCUCUUCCUCAACCAAACAUCACACACACUCCAGCUCGACGUCCAAACACACCCACUCUUCUUCCACGCCCAAAUCCACCCAUUCGACCACGACGCCAACCAAACACGUGCAUUCUUCCAGCACAACCAAACACACACACACUAUCCCAACAUCCAAACACAUGCAUUCCCCUAAUCCUAAACCCAGCUCUGGACAUUCAGACAGUCGGACUGCGCCUCCCCAGCACCAAGUUCUGCCUCAGGCUGUCCUGCCCCAGUCUCAACCCCAGCAGCUGCCCCAUCCCCAGCAACAGCAGCACCAGCCCCAGCCUCGGCCAGACAGAGGCCAGGACUCUCUCCACCCAAAGCCUGUUGUCAUGCCGCAGGACACGCGGCCGCACCACCCGCUCAACCCCCUCCUGCAUGAACAGCAGAAAGACUUUUUAUACUGAUUAUACUGAUUUGUACAUAACUGUUUUUAAAAAAUUGCAUUUCUUUAAUUUUAUUUCAAGGUUUUGGGUUAACUUUCUGUUUGUAUUGAUCCGAUGAGGCGAAGAUAAAGGAAGGACGAGCGUGACACCAACAGCAGCGUGUGAGGUGGAAAGCAGCAGAGUGGCAGACCUCCAGCAGGGCGAGAGUGCGGCUCGCUCCCUCUCCCUAACGUUACCGAUGGAAUACAUAGCAAAUGUAGCGCGUAACAUUCCUCAGUGCCUGCCUGUAACUGUGAACUAUCAAAGCACUUAGGGCCAGCUGCACUGCUACCCUGCAGGUCGGAAAACAAAAACCCCACAAACAGGUCCUUAAAUAAUAUAUUUUUAAGUUGUAGGCUAUAGUUGUAUUAGAGCUGACAUGAACAUAUAUAUUUUUAAGAUGAGAUGAGACAGAAUUCUUUUAAUGACUCCAGGCUUUUCCAUAGAGCUUAUUUAUAUCAAGGUUGUUUUUUGUUCCAUUUUUAUUGUCAGCACUGUAGUGUAUAUAACUUUUUUCUAAGAAAAUGUGUAGUUUGAUUUAUAUCUAAUUAAGAACCUCGUAAUAAAAAGUUCUUGAUAUUGGAUAUUGUCGUCAUGUAAACAAGGGCUACACUGAACGAUCAUGUGUGUAAUCCAGACUGGCUCGGUGUUCGGUAGGCCGCCCUGACCUACCAGCACGCUUCCACUUUCAUGAUUAAUCCAGAAACGUUUCCACAGUUACUCUGUGUAGAACUUAAGACAACUGUGUUUGGAGAUGACUGAAGAUUAAAAGCAUAGGAUCACCGCACA